AUGGGUGAAUUCAGCACACUACCAGAGGUAAUAUUGGUGGAAAUUCUAAAAUACCUGAGUCUACCUGAUCGAUCGAAUGCUGCCUUAGUAUGCAGGUCAUGGGCCGACGUUUUAAAUCACCCUUCGCUCUGGGCAUCCGCCGAAGUAGUGGUAGGCGCUGCGCCAAUGCCUUUCGGGUGCUCAGAACAACGUGCGAAAUUGAUUUAUUAUAAAGGACAGUUUUUCCGUCAGCUACAUUUGAACGUAUUAUACCUUCAAAGCGACUUCUCCACGGAAGAGCAUAGUAUACUGGCACAGUUGGCAACAUGUUGUCGGUACAUUUCCCAACUAACAAUUGAGGUUCAUGACUGUCGAAGAAUCAACACUCUGUUCCUGCAGCAAAACCCUAUUGCAAUGGACUGUACACGUCCUAUUACGGAAUUUAUUUUGUCAUUACAUUCAUUAAAAACAUUUCGUUUAAAAUCAUGGGAAUUUAAAGAUGCAGAAGGCAAUACAGGAAUAUCGUCUCUUGCGGAAAACAACCGGAUUCAUGAUACACUGACAUGUCUAAAUCUAUAUUACGACUUUUCAAAUAAAGAUUGGUCUGCCAGAAUAUUCAACCCGCCUUCUGAAUCGGAAAUCAUUCGAGCAGUGCAAACGUUCCAUUGUUUGCACUCGUUUUCGACUCAGCUGAGUUUUUUAAGUGAACGUUUUGAUGUGUUUUGCUUCAGAGCGUAG